GCCAACAUCACCAUACACUUCCAAAAAGAACAUGAGCUAACAACUUGCAUUAUUUCUUCCUAAUUUCCAAAUUGACUUAGCAAAUGACUCAAGAAGACUCAAGAUUGAAGUAGGGCUUCAGCCUUCAUGUCCACAGCACCCUAGAUGUUACUGUUUUGAUUCUUAAAUGUUUAGUUUGUGUUGAAAUCUGUAAAUUUGAAUGGGAUUUUGAUUAGGGAGUAAGGAUGGAUGUGGUAUUGGAAACCAGAGGAAAGCAGCAGCAAGUGGAUGUUCACUAUAUGAAUGCCCCAGUUUCUUGUGUUGUUGAAGAGGAUUUCUUGCCACUUCCAGAGGUUCUUCAGGAGCAGGAAACCGUGUAUGAGUCCUCUCAAAGAGAAGCUAAUAUGGCCAGAGCUUCAUCUAGUAGUGAUACUAGAUCAGAUCCUGGCCAUGGGCAAAGCAGUGGAGAAGGGAGUUCUUCUGGAACAAUGAAUAUUGAGGCACAAUUAGCCAUGGAUGAAGCUUUGGCUAGAGAAUUGCAAGAGAUGGAGGAUGAUAUUGCUGGGUUUUCCAUUGGUGGGAUUACUGUGACAGAAUCUGAUAUAAGCACCAACAACUCUUCCUCAUCUGCUGCUAGUGGACAAAAUACUUCAAACGCAUCAGAACAGGUCGAAAGGCAGGAUGAUGUUGACCCUGAUAAUAUGACCUAUGAGGAAUUGCAAUCUCUAGGUGAAGCCAUAGGUACUGAGAGCAGAGGGUUGUCAGAUGAGCUUAUAGGAUUCUUGCCAUCUUCAACUUACAAAACUGGUUUCUUCUCACGAAAAGAGAAACAGGAAUGUGUGAUAUGUCGUUUGGCAUAUAAGAAGAGAGAUGAAUUGAUCACUCUUCCCUGCCAGCACAUUUACCAUUCUCAUUGUGUCUCUCGGUGGCUAAAGAUCAACAAGGCGUGCCCGAUUUGCAAUGAAGAAGUAUUUGGUUAGCCAACAUGGCAAGGAUGUAUGAAAGUAUCCGUCGUCUCUGUGAUAUAUGUGUAUAUAAUUGCUGUCAUAAAAUUUGAUUAUAUUGUGAUUAUACCGUUGUAUAUUUGUCGUAUUAAUAAGUGUUAAUCAGGGUAGGAGAUGGUCCAAAUAUUUGUCAGAAAUGUUGAAAUUUGUAUUGUGAGUAGUUCUUUCUCUUUUGGUUCA